AUGGCAGUGAGCUUGGUGUCGAAUGAGGUGUCGGACCUCUGCAUCGGGAAGCCAGCGUUGAGAUCGCUGCCGCUCUCCGCGGCCGUCGUCGGCGACGCCCUCUUCGCCCUCAGGGGAAGCGGCGAGCCCCACCUUGCCGUGGUCUCCGCAGACCGGGACGCGCCGGACAAGAAGGCCGUCACCGGGAAGCUCUGCGUCGCGGACGUCAUCUGCUACCUCUGCUCCGACGGCAACCUCGAGUCGCCGACCGUUGCGCUCGAGCGGCCCGUCUCCGUCCUCCUUUCCAAGGGCGCCGGCCUCGUCCGCCGCGUUGAGCGGCAGUUCAGCGUAUUGGAAGCUCUCGAUUUGAUCCUCGACGGAGCGCAGAACCUUGUGGUCCCCAUUGGCUCCGUCGGCCGGAAGAAGCUCCACCACGGCGGUGGCGGGGCCACCGUCGAAUACUGCUGGCUGACACAUGAGGACUUCGUCCGCUACUUCCUUAACUCCAUCGCCGUCUUCUCCCCCAUUGCCACGCUCUCCAUCGAUGCCGUCGGCCUCGUCCGCUCCGCCACCGCCCUCACCGUCCGCCACGACGAGCCCGGACUCGCCCUCCUCCCUGUCCUCCGCCGCGCUCUCUCCGAACAGGCCGCGGUGGCCGUUGUCACCGACGACGGCCGACUGCUGGGCGAGAUCUCCCCCUUGGCUCUUUCUGCCUGCGACCUCAUGGCCGUGACCUUGGCUGCCGGCGUCGCAACCCUCACGGCAGGCGACCUCAUGGCCUUUGUCGACUACUAUGGCUCGCCACCGGAGUCCCUCGUCCGCGCAAUUAGAGAAGGACUGAAGGAGAAGGGGUUGCAGGAGAUGCUUGAACUAAUGGAAGACGUGUUGUCCUCGUUCUCCCACUCGUCCUCGUCGCCGUCGGCCUCCUCCUCCUCCUCAUCCGACGAGGAGUCAUGCGGGGGAAGGCUGCCGAGGAGGCUGAGGUCGAGGAGCUUCUCCAUGGGGAGGAGAUCGGAGGAGCCGGAGGUGUGCCACCCCGGGAACUCGCUGGUGGCCGUGAUGGUCCAGGCGCUGGCGCACCGGGUUAGCUAUCUGUGGGUCGUCGACGAAGACGACUAUAGCCUCAUCGGCAUCGUCACGUUUGCCGACAUGCUGAGGGUUUUCCGAGAGCAGCUGCAGCCAUCUCUGUAAGAUCUCAAGUGCGGGAAUCAGGUCCAUGGGAGGAGAGGAGUUCAGAUGAAUUCUCACUCUCUCUCCCAGUGUUUUGGAGUGUUGAAUGUUGUUUACUUUUGUGCUUUGAAUGUAUCGAGUCUGAGACAUCUCCAGAGGCUUUGGUAGCCAUGGAUUGCUUGGUUUCUUGUCAUUGGACUUUAGACUGUUGCUGCUUUAUCUGAGACAUCUCUGUUGAGGCUU